AUGAAAAUGUCCCGAGAGAAUCCUCAUGUUGACGGCCAGAGCCUCAUGCCCAAAACACAGAAGUACCCCCUUUUACCUUUUCAACCUUGUUGGUAUAUUUGCGGGCUCAAAAGGCACUGCAAGGGCCAGACCUGCAUUCUUCGAGGUUCCCCACCUCUCGCCCGGCGCGACCACACGCAAAGUCUCACACAGGGUGCGUCCCAGCCACCGCCGCGGAGGGCACCAACAAGAAAUUCAGCGAGCACGCUUCAUUAUGGGUGCGUGCUGCGGCGUCCCCGCGACGUCGGGGGAGUACCGUCCCCAGCAGCAGUACAGUCAGGGGUAUCCCCCUCAGAACUAUGA